CUUAGUUUGGCACCUGGGUCCAUCGGCGUAGCUCCACAUCUUGGGGGACGGCCCCAGUUUGGCUCCAGUACCAACAUGUGGUUUCUGCGACACACUUGUCUCUGCUCUUCCAAUGCCACAAACCUCACCGCUGAUACAGCAGCACUUCAGUGUCACCUCUUGUCCACCAGAGGUCUCUCUCACGGUACCGCAGGACCGAUGGAGGUCGUGGAGCUCUGAACCGGGCGCGAUGAACCCGUUUGACGGCUCCGGUUCUCCCCGACAUGACGAGGUGGGGGACAGCCGGUGUCGGUGGGCCCGCUUCUCCUCCUGGCUGGAGUGUGUGUGUGUCGUUACCUUCGACCUGGAGCUCGGACAAGCCAUAGAGUUGGUGUAUCCUCAGGAUGUGAAACUCACCGAGAAGGAGAAAACUAGCAUCUGCUACCUGUCCUUUCCUGACUCCUACUCAGGGUGCCUCGGGGACACGCACUUCAGCUUCAGGUUGCGUCAGUCAGUCGGUCGCAGAGCUUUGAGGUUCAGAGACAACGUUUACAACAGAGACGCUCCGGUCACCCUGCAGACAGAAGUGUCCCAUUUCUUUGGUUACGUCUAUUUCAGACAAGUCAAGGACAUCUCUGUGAAGAGGGGGUACUUCCAGAAGUCUCUGGUGUUGGUGUCCAGGUUGCCAUACACUCACCUGUUCCACUCGCUGCUGCAGAUCAUCGCACCUGAGUUCUUUGAGAAGUUGGAGCCCUGCCUCGAAGCAGUGUGUAAUGAGAUCGACCAGUGGCCUUCACCCGUACCUGGACUGACCCUCAACCUGCCUGUGAUGGGCGUGGUUUUACAGGUGCGAAUUCCAUCAAAGACAGACAAACCAGGAGGAAGUCCAGUCAAACAGAGUGCCACAGAGAACCUGGUGCUGGCUCCGACUCUGCUGCCCACCAUCCACGAACUGGACCUCUUCAAGUGUUUCCAGUCCGUCCUGAUCCACCUGCAGAUGCUCUGGGAGCUGAUGUUACUCGGAGAGCCGGUGGUCGUCAUGGCACCCUCUCCUACCGUCUCCUCGGAAACCGUGCUGGCACUUGUCAGCAUAUGUGUCCUCAGCUCCAUCAGUCCUCUGAAGUUCUGCUGUGACUUUCGUCCUUAUUUCACCAUCCACGACAGUGAGUUCAGAGAGUACACCACCAGGACGCAGGCUCCAGCGAACGUCGUCCUCGGAGUCACUAACCCGUUCUUCAUCAAGACGUUUCAGUCGUGGCCUCAUGUCGUCAGACUGGGAGAGGUCAAGAUGGCCGGUGAUUUACCUAAACAGAUGAAGGUGAAGAAACUGUCCAAACUGAAAGCGCUCGACACCAAACCAGGGAUCUACACAGCGUACAAGACGUUUCUCCACAAAGACAAGAUCCUGAUUAAAAGACUGUUGAAGGGGAUUCAGAGGAAAAGACCUUCAGAGGUUCAGAGCGCUAUCUUGAGGAGACACCUGUUGGAGCUCACUCAGAGCUUCAUCAUCCCUCUGGAGCGGUACAUGGCGAGCCUGAUGCCUCUACAGAGAUCUGUGACGCCCUGGAAGACUCCUCCUCAGAUUCGACCCUUCUGUCAGGACGAGUUCAUGUCCACCCUGGACCACACUGGCCCUCAGCUCACCUCAGUGCUCAAAGGUGAUUGGAUCGGACUGUACAGGAAGUUCUUCAGGUCUCCGAACUUUGAUGGAUGGUAUCGUCAUCGACACAAAGAGAUGACUCAGAAGCUGGAGAGCCUUCACCUGGAGGUCAUCUGUGAUGCUGACCUGCUGGGUUGGACCAAAGACAAGUCAGAGGUGGAAAUUGUCGAUCUGAUCCUAAAGCUCAGAGAGAAGCUGGUUAAAGUUCGCAGGCUGCAGCUGCAGGUGAAGGACGGUGUUUUGGACAGAUUCGAUGCUUUUAUAAACUCCAUCAUCCGUUCACUGCCCGAAGACCUGCAGACUGUACUCAGCGCACACUGACGGGUUUUCUGUUUCCAAAUGUAUAAAGAUACAUUACUGUCACAGCGCGACCCUUCACAAGACACAAUUUAUUCCGACUCUUCCUCCAAAAUAAAGUUUUGCUCAACA